AUGGACUCAUUAAUGCAACGCCGACCUUCCUUGUCUUCUUUGUCAUCUGCAUCAGGUUAUUCGACAUCAUCAACGCCCUUUACAGCUAAUCAGAAUACAAAUACCACUACCAACCACAACCACAACAACAACAACAAUAAUAAUAAUAACAAUAAUCUUGAUAACCACAACCAGAACAUUGCUGUUAACAAUGCUCCGCUGAGUGGUGGUGUAGGUGUUGUUGGUGUUGUUGGUGGUGGUGGCAAUGGCAGUGCCUCUGGUGGUAGUGGCGGACCAAAGUCAUUUGGAAUAGGUUCAACUACGCCACAAUUAACAAACCAGAGGUUGAAUAAUGUCAAGAACCUACAAACUUCGUGGUUGAAUCAACCGUUGUCUACUGCUACUUCAGUUGGUCCCUGGGUAGAACAGCAGCAGCAACAAACUUUGGAGACGUUAGAUAAGAAAGUUUUGGAAGAAACUUCUGCAGGUCAUGUUUCUAUCAGCAGAAGCAAUGAAAAUAAAAGAGAAGAUCAGCCUCAACUUAGUAGAAACGACGAUAGCAUGGAUCAAACAAAAGCUAAUAAUGACCUUAAACAUAAUGAUAGUAACGAAUUGAAUGCAAGGCAUAGUACAGUUAAUACUGCAUCAAAUAGAGACAAGAGAGAAACUUCUGGAUUAGGAGAAAAGGAACAAAGGGGCGGAAGACGAAACAAUGUUAGCAACGCCAGCAACACCAGUAAUGCCAACAAUACUAACAAUGCUAACAAUGCCAACAAAAAAGGCAACAAUGACCACGACAAUGAUAAUAACGAUGAUGAUAGCAACGACAGUAAUGACGACAAUGAUGGAGAGAUUAAUGAAGAAUUGAUUCCAACAGCGAUUGUUAUCAAAAAUAUUCCUUUUGCUAUUAAGAAGGAGCAAUUAUUAGAUGUCAUGACGAAAUUAGGAUUGCCAUUGCCUUAUGCAUUCAAUUACCAUUUUGAUAAUGGUGUCUUUAGAGGCUUGGCGUUUGCUAAUUUUACUUCAACGGACGAGACUUCCCUGGUGGUUAAUUUGUUGAAUGGAAGAGAAAUUGGUGGUAGAAAAUUGAGAGUCGAGUAUAAAAAGAUGUUACCAGCUCAAGAAAGAGAACGGAUUGAAAGAGAGAAAAGAGAAAAACGUGGUCAAUUGGAAGAACAACAUAGAAACACGUCCAAUGCGUCUUUGGCUUCGCUUUAUUCUCAAGCCUCGACUACUGCGGCAACAAAGAAUUUGAGUGUUGCAGGCGGCCAAGCUUCAUCGACUCAGGAAAGAGCGUUUAUUAACUUACCAUUUGGCAACACACUGUUUGCCCCUCCUUCGAUGGAGAUUGACUUGAAUGACCCCGAGAUCUUAGAACUUUACACUCAGUUGGUUUUGUAUCGUGAUGAUGUUACCAAGUCCAUAUUUGAGUUGGCUAUUUCGCCAAUAAACUUGACUGUUAUUCAGAGAAAGACUAUUUCUUAUCUUUGUAAUUACUUGAACUUGUUGGAGUUGUUUGACAAUGGGUUGGUUAUAGUCAGGAGAAAGCCAGGCUAUAUAUCAAUUGCGUACCUGUCCCUGCAAGUUUCGGCAAGUCAAGCACAGCAAUUGCAACCACAUCAUUCCAACUCAAUGAUGAAUUUGAGUCAGAUAUCGUCUGCAUUGAACUCGGAUCUUUUGAGAUCUCAAUCACAGUCUGCAUUGCCAUUGCCAAGAAUAAGACAGCAAACACCUACUCCAAUCACACCAAACCAGCAUCAACAAUUCUCUCACCUUCAACAACAAGUUCAACAACUUCAAUUGCAGCAACAACAUCAACAUCAACAUCAACAAACUGGCCAACAACAAUCUCAAGCUCCAAAUUUGCAAGGUUAUUCAACAUUUCUGCAACAAUCCCUUGCACAACAAAGGCCUUACUCUCAGCAAGGAUACUAUCAGCCACCACAACAGCAGCAACAACAACCACAACUACAACAACCACCACAACAGCAACCACCACAACAGCAGCAACAACAGCAGCAAUCAAAUGCCCUUGGCCAAUUUCAACCAGUUCAUCCAUCACAGGGAAUUGCUCCUAACUCAACAUCGGCGGCAGCUUUACUCAGAUCAAGUAGUAAUAGAUCUUUUGUCGAUGUUAGAGCGACCCCACCACUCAAUAGCUUUUCGCAACAAGCUUUGCAUCAGCACCACGGCCUGCUGGGACAUGCCGGAUCAUCUAUUACAAGCUCUCCGAUUCAACAAAAUCAACAAUUUUUCCUCAGCAAUGGUACUACUCACAACACCACGGUCAACAAUCAAUCGCAGCCGCAGACUCCAUUAGGUGCAAACUCUAGGUUCCAACCUUUUACUCAGCAACUGCAAGUCACUUCUAGUUUUACCAAUUUGCCACAGACUGCCACUAGCGAAGAUUUCAAUACUAGUGCCUCAGAUAUCUCUACUAAGUUGAAUACCUUGGGGUUGAGUGGUUCAACAAAUGGUGCAUUUGAUGGAAAUGGGAUUUGGGGAACAAAAUAA